AUGCCUGAAAUAGCAGAAAUCGCGCGCGCAGUGCACAAUCUGAAGAGGACUAUUGUAGGCAAAACACUUGCCAAAGUCACCGCCGUUGACGAUGCGAACAUCUUCGGUAAGGUGGGUACCUCAGGGGCUGCAGUGCAAAAAGCUUUGAGCGGCAAGAAAGUCCUAGAUGCAGGUCGGCAAGGCAAAUACUUUUGGCUCAUAUUGUCAUCUCCGCCUCACCCGGUAUUUCACUUUGGAAUGGCAGGCUGGUUUCACGUCCGUGGAGAUAAGUCUGGUCACUAUAGACAGAAUGGCUCAGAUGUCGAGGAAGACCCAGAGUGGCCGCCUAAAUGGAGUAAAUUGACUCUUGAAACUGAUGGCUCGCCGAGCGAAGCUGCUGCGUUUACGGAUAAGAGACGGUUUGCGAGAAUUCGGUUGGUUGAUUGUGUUGCGGAAGACAUUAGGAAGACUUCGCCGUUAAAGGAAAAUGGACCUGAUCCUGUACUUGAUAAGGAUAUUUUUACUGCGGAAUAUCUUGAGGCGAAGAUGAGGAAGAAACAUGUACCGAUCAAAGCUCUGCUGUUAGAUCAAGCUAAUAUCAGCGGGAUUGGAAAUUGGGUUGGGGAUGAAGUUUUAUACCACGCCAAAUUCCACCCCGAACAAUACAGCGACACCUUCAGCACCGAGCAAAUCCAAAAGCUCCACAGUUCGAUCUACUAUGUCUGCUCCACAGCCAUCGAUGCAUUAGCUGACUCAAGCAAAUUCCCUGACGACUGGCUUUUCAAACAUCGCUGGGGAAAGGGUAAGAAAGACUCGACUAACACUUUGCCCAAUGGUGCUAAGAUCACGCAUAUUACUGUUGGUGGGAGGACUAGUGCUAUUGUGCCGAGUGUGCAGAAGAAGACUGGUCCAGUGGCGGGGGAUCUGAAGAAGGAGGAUGCGGGUAGUGAUGGCGAGGAAGGCGCGAAGAAAACAAAAGCGAAAAGAGCGACCAAGAGCAAGAAGGCUGCUGCGAAGGAGGAGAAUGAGGACUAUGAGAGUGCGCUGGAGAAGGAGAUGCCUAAACCUAGUGUCUCGAAGACGAAGGCAAAGAGCGCGGCUGCGAAGAAACCCACCAAAGGCAAGAAAGCGGCUGUGAAGGAAGAGUCUGAAGAUGAGGCCAGUGCAGUCGAGGAAGAAAAGCCCAAACCAAAUGUUUCGAAGAAGCGGAAGGCGGCGGUUGUGGAUGAGGAGGAAGUGAAAACUGAGGAGCCGAGUGGUGUGAAGGGGAAGAAAACGAAAAGUACCCCAGCGGUGAAAGAUGAGCCUGCGGAUGAUACUGCGACGACUGGAAGGAGAAGGUCUGGGAGGGUGAAAAAGUAG